CAUUUCCUUUUCCUCUCACUUGAAAAAAACUGUCAGCGCCAUAACUUCAGAUUUAUAUUUAGUUGUUUCUACUCGGGAUUAAAGCUCUCGCUGUGAUGUUGUGAUAGAUGAACCACUCAGCUUCCGUUUAAAACUACAAACAUGUCACGAUCUACCCGGAAUAAACUUUCUCCAUGGAUAGAGAGUCUGAUCCUGAGCUGUGGCUGUCCGGAUGGAAGCAGCAGCAGCAGCAGCAGUGGCCGGUUGAAGGCUCAUGUCAUCGGGGUGGGUCAGAUGUCUCUGUCCCAGGCUCAGGGCUCUGAAGGUCCAACAGGGCUGCUGUUCCUGUCUGACGGAGUGCUCAUGAUCCCGGCCAUCCUCACCGCAUCCGCUUGGGAGCAACUUCAGGAUCAGGAGGAGCGGGAGUGUUUCACCAGCCUGCUCAACCACACGGUGUGCAUUCAGAAGUACACGUUGCAGUUUCACAUGGCCCCCGAGCAGACGAAAUGCAGAUUCUUCCUGUCAGUAGGAGAGCUGGCGACAACUGCAGCGGGUCCGGUUAAAAAAAACACCCCUUGCAGCACAACCCUGCCCUCAGUCAGACAGAAGGUCAGUGAGACAUGGAGGACUCUUCUGGGCCAGGAGGGACAGGAAUCCCAAAGCCAGUGCGGGUUUGACCUGACUGAGCUGCUGGGGGAGUGGCAGCACGACUGUCUGCAGUCUGUGCUGGAGGAGGUCAAGGAGAAGCUACUGACAGCAAGCUAUCCAGCGAACCCACAGCCCUCCACCUCAACUUUUACCUCAUCACUGACCUGCCCAGACACACACUCCGCUACAAGCUGGGAUGUUGACAGGGUCAGAUACAAGAAAGAGAAAUGUUUCACCGUUCCCAUGAAUUGUCUUCUCAUCCCCGAGGACGGGGCUCAACAGCUGCGAACACCUCUGGAUGUUGCGAGUAGGCUUUCUGCGGCAUUGGGCGACGGAUCCACAGAUUUACCACGAGUCUGCGAGACGGCAGGGCCUUCUGCUGAUGAAGCAGAUUGGCGAAUAGAAGAUCCGGCACACGUGCAAGUAAAUUGUGAGGCAAGAGAGAACUCGCCGCUUCAUGUGGAGGACAAAGAGCUGGAUGAGGAUAUGAUCACGAGGUUGAAUGAAAGUGAAAUCAGACCUUUAGCCAACCCUUGGGACAUGUUUUCUCCACCAGGUGAAACCUCCUCUUCAGCUGAUGCGUCCCCAGAACCGGAACCCCACCCACAUGUCCCCAUUUUAACAAGCACGCAACUUCCGGUCCAAAGCACGAAGGAAUCCCAGCAGACAUCAGAGCAGAGCAGCAAAGGAGAGCGCAGUGAGCUCCUGCCGUACCAGAAGCCUCCAAGCUCGACUAAUCCCCCUGACACUGUCAGCGCUCCUGCUCCAACAUCUGUCAGUCCACCAGAACCCUUUGCCAGACCGGCAAACCUGUUUCCUGCCACAGACGAACCCUGCAUUGGUGUGUCAAAACCCAAUCUUUCAUCUGUAGAGCAAGAAAGCCAGCUUUUUGAAGAGGAGGUGGUGGAGACUGUAGAGAGAAAGUGUAGAAAGGCAAAGAGAAAGAGAAAUGAGCCCUCAGAAGAAGCACAAGCCUCAGUCCAGGAGGAGGAGGAGGAGGAACUUCAGAUCAGUGGGAGUCCUCCAUCUUGGCUCUUUGACUCUAUGAAUGGCUCGGGGCCCGAAGAGGACAGCAGUCACCCACAGGUCCAAACGGCAUCGAGGAAGACUUCCGCUGUUCACAGAGAUGGCAAGCUGUUCGCUUACUCGUACCAAGUAUCUGGAAAGAAUCUACAGGACUUCAGUAGAUUUAAAAUAUCUGAUUGGUUACUCAACUGGGCGGCAAAGUAUCUUGUUACUCCAAGACAGACAGAUGAGUCCACACGACACGUCAGCAACCUCAAAUCAAACAUCGUCUGACAGGACUGAGGUCACUCCACUUUAGUUUCAAAAUGUUGUUAGAAAGUUCAGCUGGUCUGUCGUUUCUGCAGCUGCUGUUUUCAGCUCGAUGGAUGACACAUUACACAACACAAUGGUGCGUUUAAAAUUGGGCCCUAUUUUUCAUAUUUGGGGUCGAAAUGACUAAUGCAUACAAAAAGUAAUGAAAUGGUUUCCGGAGGUUGCUUCAGCUGUCGACCCCCGAAACAUGCUUUUAUAACUGUAACAUCAUUUUUGGGAGCUGUUCAAACAGUUUGUUUACCUUAUUAGUCAUUGAGACCCCAACAUGUGCCAAAAAUAGGACCCAGGGGAAAAAUCCCCUUCUCUGUCCCAGAGCUGCUAAUAUUUAGUCUGUUUUGUACUAGUUUUUAUUACAAGAUUUUAGGUAUGAAGUUUGUAGAAACAAAAAAAACGUUACAUGUUCACUGUAAAAAGUUGUUCACUAUUCCAGUUGAAAUAAACGUACUAAUAUUUUGAUCAUG